AUCAUGAUGCUCGUCGAGCUGGGCAUCUUGGACGCGCUUGUCGGGAGCGAAGCACAAACAACUACCUCCUCUGAACUGGCGAAAGCGUCCGGCUGCAAUGAAGGAGUCGUGGUGCGUCUGAUGCGUCUGGCCUGUUCGUUAUGCUUUUGCGAUGAAGUAGGCGAACAGACAUAUCGCGCGAACAAACUCACGUCCUUGCUGGUGCAGCCGGGCUGGAGAGGAGCCAUGCGCUGGAUGGAAAUCAUCUACCCGGUAGCGGCCGACAUGCGUCGCUUUUUGACCUCGACCAACUUCGGCCGAGUUCUGGACCCCCCGGUCACGGCUUUCGAGUUCGUGCACAAACGAUCCAUGUGGCAGGUCCUGGAAAACCAGCCAGAGCAGCGCACAAACUUCGACUUGUGGAUGCGCGAGCGGAAGAGACAUGAGGAAACGCUCUGGCAUAGGCGUUACCCAGCCUGUACAGCGCUGUCCCAUGACAACCUGAAGAGCGGACCGGAUGCGGUCCUCAUGGUGGAUGUGGGCGGGGCCAACGGCUCGCAGUUGAUCAACUUCAAGAAGCAGUUUCCGCACCUCCCAGGCCGCUACGUCCUGCAGGAUCUUCCCGAGUCGCUUGCCGCCAUGAGGCAGCCCCCGGAUGGCAUCGAAGUCAUGGCCUACGAUUUCUUCUCACCACAGCCCAUCAAGGGUGCACGAUUCUACUACUUCCGCGCCGUGUUCCACAACUGGCCAGAGCAAAAGUGCAUCGAGAUUCUCCGCAACCUCGUUCCAGCCAUGGAUCCUGAGUAUUCGACCCUGUUGAUCGACGACUAUGUCCUCCCAAAUACAGGUGUCCAGCUCCACAGUGCAGUUGCUGACAUUCACAUGAUGUGCAUGUUCAAUUCUUCUGAAAGGACCAAGAAGGAGUAUGACACUAUUCUUGAGAAGGCGGGGCUAGAAAUCGUUGCCAUCUACCCAGCUGGAGUGAACGAGGAGUGCGUUCUUGAGGUGAGGGUAUCCAGCAGCCGAGGUCGACCUGUCCUCAACGGAUUCAAAAAGGCGGCACCCUCAAGAGAAGAUGAGUGAGCAGGGGGGUGAGGGUCGUAGAGCAGCCAGAUGAAUACGCAUUUUGCUUCAUUUGCAAAAUAAUAACAAACGUCAAAUGUGGUGAAAAUUCC